AUGAAUAUUUAUAAGCUUAUAAUACUUCUUUCGUAUGGAUUUGUUCUGUUAGUGACGAAACAUAAAGCCUUGAGUCAAUCAUGCAUAACACCACCAACUAAACCAAACAUAAUUGUUGGAUAUUAUCCCGCUUUUAAACUUAAUUCUAAACUGGGUAUAGAUUAUAAUAUUAGCUCUUCAAUUACUCAUUUAAACUAUAUUGCAUUUAGCCCAAAUGACCUUCUUAAUGGAACUGGGCCAUUUCAAGUGUUUCAAAAUAAAUUAGACAAAUUUAAUGACCUGACCCUUUAUAAAAAUAAGAAUAAUUUGACUUUUAAAUUAAUUCUUUCAGUCUUGCUACCUGUUAAUGCAUCUGAUUUUAUCAAAUUUCCUCCUCUAAGAACGGGCACAUAUCUUCCGACUGAUCAGCAGACAAAAAAAUUCAUUGAUGAUUUAACUAAUAUCACUACUAAUUACUCAUUCCAUGGAAUUGAUAUUGAAUAUCCUUAUAAGCUUCCGUGCUUUCAACAACCAACAUUACCACAACAACAAAUCAAUUUUAGUACCAUAUUUGUACAGUUUUUAAAUGAUGUAUCAAGCAGAUUAAAACCAUUAAACAAACUUUUAACGGUUACAGCAGGCCAGUAUCCUAUAGAUGGAAUUAGUCCAGCUAACAUUAGUUUCAUAAAUAUUCAAGCGUUUCACCUUAAUAUAAAUUCUGCAUAUUCAAGUGCUGGAAUAGAUAAUAUUCAAAAAAUUUUCAGUCGUUGGUAUAAUUAUGUUGAUAAAUUGCAACUUGUUUUAGGUGUUGAAUUUGGUGGAGUUGUUGAAAGUGUUAUUUCCAAUAAUAUUACAAAAGAUAUUGAGAAUCAAAAUCUUACACUUGUAAGUGGUUCGAACCUUAAAUUCCCAUUCGCUGCUGAAAUUAUUGAUGACCCAUGUAAAAAUACAUCAUAUGCAUAUUUGCCAUGGAAAAAUCUGACUACUUUCUUAUCACCUCCUUGUUAUACAAGUGCAUCCUCACCAUGGAUCUAUGGCUUUGACAAUCUCAAAACCAAACAGUCGUAUAUUUAUCAACAAUACCCUGGUGUAUCUACACAAUUCUAUUAUGUUUCUUAUGAUGAUUUUCAAUCAUUGAAAUAUAAACUCGAUUUUAUAAAAGAGAAUGCUUCGGGAAUUGCGAUUGCAGAUGUUACUAGAGAUUUUGAUAAUCUGAUGUUAAUGAACUUUAUAUCAGGAAAUAUAACACCGAACUCGCCUUCACCUGAGAAUACAACUCCUAACAUAGGUGCAAUAGUUGGUGGUACAAUAGGUGCUUGGAUUCUUAUUAAUGUAUUAUUGGUUUUGAUAUUAUUUCGAAGAUACCUCAAGAAAAAACAGUACGAAGGCGUUGCUCAAAUGUAUUAG